UAACUGGUUUCUUUUGCAUUGUCAUCCCACGAGCCUUCAGAUGGGAGCUUUUAGUAUUGUAAACGUGUUUCUAGUCUCUAACGAGGUUACGUUACUAUGCUAUUCAAGAAGAGCUGAUUUAUUAUACACGUUUACUGAUAUAGUUAAACGCGCUAUAAAACGUGAAGUCUGUAUGUAAUAUGUGUGCACAUUUCUGAAAGUCAACGCUUUUGUUUACAGUUAUAAAUUAAAUGUCGUUUUAAUAAUAAACUUGACUAGGACAAAAAUCUAAAAUAAAAUGGUUCAGCAUCAUUUCCAUGUGGCUGAUUUUGUGGUGUUUGCCUUGACUAUCGUGAUAUCUGUCGGCAUUGGUAUUUACUAUGCUUUCUCUGGCGGACGUCAGAAAACCACAUCAGAAUACCUCGUGGGAGGCCGGACCAUGAACUUCAUUCCUGUGGCCAUCUCGUUGAUGGCCAGCUUCGAGUCGUCCAUCAUGAUGCUGGGCUUUCCCGCCGAGACUUACGUCUAUGGCAUUCAAAACAUCAUGGCCUCACUGGGCUUCUUCGUGACCCAGUUACUAUUUAUAGAAUUUAUAGUACCUUUAAUACAUCCAUUGAAGAUUACCAGUGCUUAUGAGUAUUUAGAGCUUCGAUUUCAAUCAAGAAGUGUUCGAUUGCUGGGAACACUUAUGGGAGUUUUAACAUAUACUUGGUAUAUGGGCGUGGUUUUGUUUGGACCAGCUGUGGCUUUGGAGGCUGUGACUGGCUUUUCACUGUGGAGUUCAAUCUUCGUCAUAUCAUUUGUCUCCGUCGUCUACACAGCUAUAGGUGGUUUAAAAGCUGUCAUAUGGACAGACGUGUUUCAAGCAGUGGUCAUGCUGACAGGGAUAUUCGCAAUACUUAUUAAGGGGACGAUUGACUCCGGUGGACCUCAGGCAGUUUGGGACAAAGCUUAUGAUGGAGGCAGAUUGAACUUCUUUAACUUCGACCCGGACCCACGGACACGUCACACAUUUUGGAAUCUCUUUGUGGGCAAUAUCAUUCGAUCCUUUGGUCUCGGCUUCAACCAAAGUACCAUCCAGAGAAUCAGCAGCACCAAAACACAGGCAGAGGCUAAACGGAUGUUGUUGAUUGUAGCGCCAUGUUUCCUCAUCUCUCUGUGCUUGGCGAAUUACGAAGGUAUCGUGGCUUAUGCUUACUACAAGACGAAAGGAUGUGAUCCCUUUGAAUCGAAGCAGCUCAGUGAUCCAAAUCAGAUUAUACCUUUAAUUGUUAUGGAUAUUUUUACCUAUCUGCCUGGAAUGCCAGGGCUGUUUUUGGCUUCUUUAUUCAGUGCAUCACUUAGCACGUUAUCGUCAGGUCUGAGCAGUCUCUCCGCCUUGUUAUGGGCUGACAUUGUACAUCCAAUUGUUGGUCCUCGAGUAUCCGAGUCUAAAGCGACGCUAAUAGCCAAGGUUUCUGUGUGUAUAUUUGGAGUAUUGGCAUGUGGAGUAGCCAUUCUCGUAUCACAAGUUGGAGGCACAUUGACGCAGAUUGCCGGAAGUCUGAUUUCUGCUUUUGCUGGACCUCUUACUGGCCUGUUCUUUAUCGCCUGUUUCUUUCCUCGGAUCAAAGCAAAGGGAGCUUUCUUCGGCGGUGUCACGGGUUUGACAUUCUCUACUUGGCUGUCAAUCGGCAUCACAUUUUCCAAAUCUGUCAAAAAGACGCCAUGGCUGCCUCCAGCAUCCACAGAAAACUGUCCGGUGGACGGGGCGAUCCUUAAUACUACUGACUUAGCAGAUGUCUAUGGUGCGGUCAACGUGACUGGUUUUAACGAGGUGACGUCUACUCUGAUCUGGAAUAUAACAUCAGCCGCUAUAAGAGAACCGGAAGGCAUAGAAAAGUUGUACACAUUAUCAUAUAACUGGAUAUCUAUUAUUGGAACAUUGACUACAAUAGUAAUGGGUCUAUUGUUCAGUUUGGUAACAGGUAUGAAUAAGCCUGGAGAUGUUGAUCCUAGAUAUUUGGCCAGUAUGACCGACACUGUAUUCAUCUUUAUCCCUGUGUGUAUUAGGCGUCGCAUUCGUUGCAUUGGACCACAGUUCAUAAAGGAUGAAUACAAAGCAAGAUUCCCCGAUCCUACUAAAACGCAGACGAUGUUGCAGACGGCUACUGAAUUCAAACUGAUUGUCACCAACGGUGAUGAAAACCUUGAGACAGAAUUUACAAAACAAACAGAUGAGCUUCUGCGGAAGUCCUGAACUUGAUCUUUUAGUGUUUGUCUUGUAGGAAUACAAAUUGAUACGCACAUUUAGAUCUAAUGUAUAAAAUAUAUAAUAUGUAAUGACAUUCCACAAACUCAAAGUUUCACUGAACAUAAUAAAUAAUGAAGCUGCCAAAA